CUCAGCGCGCAGUUGAAAUGUGUUGUGCAAACACGGAAAAGUUAGUUCCAUCUGCAGCUUCGUGCAGUCAUCUCGUGAAAAGAUGACUUAUCCGUGCAUUGUGAAUGUGUUGACGGUGUUUUUUAUUUUAGCAUCAGUCUACGGUGAUGACUGCUUUGAUUGUGUCCAGAAAGGUGACUUCAAGCAUGGGGUGCCAUCAAUGACAGAUUCAAAUGAACACCCAGUAUAUAGGAAGCGGCAUUAUUUUAUUAUAAUACCAAUUGGCCUUCUUGUGGUACUUUGUAAAUGGUGUCUGUACUGUUGCUGCAAGCGCCGAAGAGGAGCAAUACCGUAUGGGAAUAUGGAGGAAGUAACAGUCACUGUCACACCAGAAACAAGACAGCCAUCAACAAGUGGAAGCUUGACUCAUCCUCAGAACUUCCAGCAGCAACAGCAGGAGCAGCCACAGCCAUUGCCAAGGUCCCUCUAUAAUCCAUUUCAGCCUAUACCACUACCACCUCCACCACAAAAAAAUGUUUCAUCAACUCAACCUGCAGGUGAAGAUCAACCGCCAUCAUAUAGUGAAGCAUGUGGCAUGCAACUUCCAAACAAACCGUUUUAUAAAUAAUAAAUUAUUGACUUGCAAGUUUAAUUUA